AGGCAGCCGGCGGCUUCCCCUUUUCUGCCCUGCUCCAGGCGCCCAACUCCUUCCCUGCCAGCGCCUCGAGGAGGGGAGGUGGCACCAUGAGCACCCGCACAGCCACCACCCGCCAGACCUGCUGCUGCUUCAAUGUCCGCAUCGCCACCACUGCUCUGGCCGUCUACCAUGUGAUCAUGAGUGUAUUGCUGUUCAUUGAGCACUCAGUGGAAGUGGCCCACGGCAAGGCUUCCUGCAAGUUCUCGAAGUCGGGCUAUCUCAGGAUUGCCGAACUCAUCUCCAGCUUCCUGCUCAUCACCAUGCUCUUUGUCAUCAGCUUGAGCCUGCUGAUCGGUGUGGUUAAGAACCGGGAGAGGUACCUGCUGCCCUUCCUGUCCCUGCAAAUCAUGGACUUCCUCCUGUGCCUGCUUACCCUGCUGGGCUCCUACAUCGAGCUACCAGCCUAUCUCAAGUUCGCCUCCAGGAGCAGCAGCAGGGCUAGCCCCUCCAAGGUCCCACUGAUGACACUGCAGCUGUUGGACUUCUGCCUGAGCAUCUUGACCCUCUGCAGCUCCUACAUGGAAGUGCCCACCUAUCUCAACUUCAAGUCCAUGAACCACAUGAAUUACCUCCCCAGCCAGGAGGGUGUGGCUCACAGCCAGUUCGUCAAGAUGAUGGUCAUUUUCUCCGUCGCCUUCAUCACGGUCCUCAUCCUGAAGAUCUACAUGUUCAAGUGUGUGUGGCGAUGCUACAGAUUCAUCAAGUACAUGAACUCGGCCGAGGAGAGGAGUGGCUCCAAGAUGCUGCCGAAGGUGGUCCUGCCAUCUUAUGAGGAAGCUGUGUCUCUGCCGUACAAGAUUCCGGAAGGGGGCCCAGCACCACCCCCAUACUCAGAGGCGUGACGCACGCCAGGCCCCAGCCCUGGUGCUGGGAAGGGCGGAGCUGACUUGCAAUCCGCUUCUUCGCUUUGGUGGCCCCUGUGGCCUGGGUGAACCACCUGGCUGCCUUCAGGACAAUCCGCUUGUGUCCCCCUCGCUGGCCUGCUUUUCCUGCCGGGCCUGGGAGAUGCUCACAAUUGGGUCAACCCCUUUAGGCUGAAUGACUCCUUGGGUCGCUCAAAAAUUCAGUCCCACAGCACUCGGCUUCUUUUGAUCAGCUCUGAUAUCGGUUUAAAUGACUGGUCAUUCUAAAGUCGGUGAGUUUGGUUAGACAGCUCUCAACUCGCCCAGUUUUACCAAGUGGCUGAUAAAUAAAAGACACACAUGUCAGUUCAGUGAAAAUAAUUUGGUCGAACACCAAAGUCCGUGGCGUUGGUUUGUAAACAGUUGUCAACUCACAGAGCAAUUUAGUCAAGACACCAUCAAUUAGCCCUCCCCGCCAAAUGCCUGUAUCCAGUUUCUUCUAAUAACUCGCUUAACAGUGAUUACGUCAGCCAACCAUCAGUUAAUUGAGAAGAGCGAUAACAUCCAAUAAUUAAAAAAAAAAAAAAAUCAAGUUCAUCCCCAAACUAUUCGGUUCAAUCGAAUCCAAUAACCAGCUGCGCACUCUGGUCAAUUCAGUACUUCUGAGUCCUGAAUAAUGGUUCCUUCAAAUGAAAAUUCAAGUCAGACAGUUGCCACACUGGCAUUCCAGAGCUAGUAUCAGGAAAUGACUGUUGUUUCAGUCAUCAAACAGUCCCUUCGAACACAUAAUAGUUUUGCCAAAGAGUUGUCAUCAUCAACCACCAGUCACACUUGGCCAGAGUGGCCACAUAGCAACGGAAUGCGUUCUUGAAAGGGGUCUCCUCAACCAAGGUUGUCUCUAGUAAGGAGCUGUUAGCCCAUCCCGCAGGCCAACCCAUCCACCACCAGUGCCGUGACAGGGGACCCAGUUCUGCCUGAUGCUUGUGGUUCGGCAGAAAUUCAGCCUUGAAAUCAGGCAACUCCAUUUGUGGGACUAAAUCCACAGGUUAGUUCAGUCAGAACAAGGCAAACCCUUUGCCAGCGCAGACCCCACCCCGGGGACUUAUGCUGGUGGUAGAUGUAGGAAAAAUUUUGGUCCCCGCUCCCCCUCUUUCGCCUGCUUUCCCGAGGGGGCCGGGAUUCCCAAGGGUGCUGAUCCAAAGGCAGAGUAAGGCCACAGAGGCAGGUUCUCUGGGGUCUGUGAGGGGGGACAGAGGGAGAGGGCUGUGCAAGGGGCUCCCCACCAACACCCCUUAUGUCAUUGCUUUGUGUGAUGGGGAGGAAGUUUCAAUAAAGCAGCAACACGCUUC